CCCCUCCGGGCAUUCCUGGCGGCAUCUGCGGGCCCUCGCUGACAGCCCGACCCCGGCUCCAGCAGCAUGGCUGAGAAGCGGCACACGGCGGACACCGAAGGCCGGCGGGCCGCCAGCUCUUUCAGUGAUGGUUGUACGGGCCUUGGACCUUGUGGAUGGCUUUUGGUGAUUGUCUCAUUCUUAUUCACACUUAUAACUUUCCCAAUAUCAAUAUGGAUGUGCAUAAAGAUUAUAAAAGAGUAUGAAAGAGCCAUCAUCUUUAGAUUGGGUCGCAUUUUACAAGGAGGAGCCAAAGGGCCUGGUUUGUUUUUCAUUCUGCCGUGUACUGACAGCUUCAUCAAAGUGGACAUGAGAACUAUUUCAUUUGAUAUUCCUCCUCAGGAGAUCCUCACCAAGGAUUCAGUGACAAUUAGCGUAGAUGGUGUGGUCUAUUACCGCGUUCAGAAUGCAACCCUGGCUGUGGCAAAUAUCACCAACGCGGACUCCGCAACCCGUCUGUUGGCACAAACUACCCUGAGGAACGUUUUGGGCACCAAGAACCUCUCUCAGAUCCUCUCUGACAGAGAAGAAAUUGCACACAACAUGCAGAGUACUCUGGAUGACGCCACCGAUGACUGGGGAAUAAAGGUGGAGCGUGUGGAAAUUAAGGACGUGAAACUACCUGUGCAGCUCCAGAGAGCUAUGGCUGCAGAAGCGGAAGCAUCCCGGGAGGCCAGAGCUAAGGUCAUUGCAGCUGAGGGAGAAAUGAAUGCAUCCAGGGCUCUGAAAGAAGCCUCCAUGGUCAUCACUGAAUCUCCUGCAGCCCUUCAGCUCCGAUACCUUCAGACACUGACCACCAUCGCUGCUGAGAAAAACUCAACGAUUGUCUUCCCUCUGCCCAUUGAUAUGUUACAAGGCAUCAUAGGGGCAAAACGCUGAGCCAUACGGGCCAGCACAGAGAUGAGCUCUACCCUUCCAGGGAUGAAGUGGGGGACCAAAUUAGCCUUUAACUCAUAAGGAGAGGGUAGGGCAGGGAAGCUCAAAUAUUCUCCCUUUCUUUCCCUUUCCAUAUGUCAAGUGGUGUUCUUAGAAUAUAUAGUAAUCAUAGAAACAGAUGAAGGAAUUGUUAGCUUGUAAACACUGAAAGAGAGAGAUUGGUGAUUUAUAUAAGUAAUCUCUUACUCUUUAAAAUAAUUAAAAGUUUGUAUUUUUAGAUUAUCAUGGAGUAGGUUAAAUCCUACUUCUUUUGACUUCCAUUGAGUCAUUCUGAACUCUCCAGGCAACCAGGCCAGAGGCAAGAACAUAGACUCUAACUGCCACCAGACACCCCUGGCCGGAUAAAUGCUUUGCAGAAAGUGAUAACCUUAUGCUACAACCAGCUUCUCUGGGCCACAUGUGCCUUACCUCCAGGGAGUCUUAAUUAAGGAAAUUUCCCUAAUAUCUGUUUACUCUUUAAACACAAAGUUCAGAAUAAUCCUCACUUGAGAGGAGGCCUUUUCUUGCCUGUACCUGUCAGAAUUAGAAGAACUGGUCAAGAUUGAUGAAAAAGAUUACCUUAGCCUUUUGAAGAUUUUUCAAUUCUAUUAUAGUGCUCCUUUUUAAAACAAUAUGUUCAUCUUUUUUAACUUCUUUGAGCCUUCUUUAUGAGCAAAUGAUUCCUCUGUGGUCUGUCUUUCAAACCAGCUAAAUAUUUGUCACAAAAGUGCUUUUUUCUCACUUUUGCCUAUUUUCAUAUAUCAGGUUUUAAAGUUUUAAUUUUUUAAUAAAAUUUUCUCAAAGUUCUAUAAGCAGUUAUAUACCCAUUUGAAUAGCUGAAGGACUAAAAUAAUUUUUUAAAAAUAUCUUCAGGAAACAAUUAUAUUUUACUGUCUGCAUGCUAUUAACUCUUAUACGCUCUGAAAUAUCUUGGUUAUAAGCCAAUUCAUUAAGUAGUAUAAGGAAUUCACAAUAUAUUGGCACAUAAUGUCUAAUGAGCUUGGGCAGACACUGUCAAACUUAGACUAUCUAUGUAGAUGUAGGUCUUUGUUAUUUGCCUAGUCAUUCUUGAUCAUAUAUAUUGAUACUGAAAAAGGAAGUGGUCAGCCCCUCUGGACCACAGUUUCUUGGUCUGUAAUGUUAGGAAACACCUUCUGUUUUGCAAAUGCCCGGGAAUCUGAGCAACCUGGCGUUCUUCCUACUGGCCUGGAAAGCUGGCUGGUGACAUUUGUAACACUUCCUCUUUGAGAUUCUGAGUUCACUUAGAGAAGUCUAAGAAUAACAGCUUCCUUUCCCAGCACCACGUUUCAUAUCUGUCCUCAGCUUAAUCUCUUUGUCAAUCCCAGCAUGUGGAUGGAUGUCCCUUCCCCUACAUCCCACUUCCAAGCUUAUUUUGGCAAGCCUUGAACCACCAUGUAUCCUGGUUCCUAGCUGAGUUUAUCAGAAGUGUAUGAAGCAUUUCAACUUGGAACUCAAGUCGCAUUUAUAUCUCGAAUUUUAAAAUGGUAGUUUUAUCUGCUUUGUGAGGUGGCUCACCCUUGACCACUGAGGACCAGGAAACCCCUAUCCUGGAUGAAAAUCUCUUCCUAGAUUUAAAGUAACAUUGCUUUUGGUUCUUUGAGUUUCCGUAUCUCCAGAUACCAAAUGAUGUUCACUUUCUGCCCUGUGGUUGAAAUCAAAUCGCUUGGGAGGUAGGAAGCAUAGAAGGAGCUCUAGGAUGAGAGUGUUGGUGCAAGAGUUUUAUCAAGUGGCCUCCCUUUCCAGCAGUGUACAUAAUAAAGUGUGUGUACUUUAGCUAA